CGCCGCUCCGUCGGUUCGGCGAUCGCGCGAACUACCGUCGAGUCCGCAUUCGUCGUCAGUAGUUAAGUUAUCGCAAUGGCUUCCGCACGGGACACGGCAACAUUUUUCUUAAAAGGAAACUGUAAGCAAUUCGAACACGUACUGAAAUUGUAUCCUGAAGCUUUGAAACUGAAAGCGGAGAAGCGAUCGAAAAAGCCGGAGGAACUGAUCAAGUUGGAUAAUUGGUACCAAAAUGAGUUGCCAAAAAAAAUUAAAUCUCGUGGUAAGGAUGCACAUCUUAUUCACGAAGAACUUGUGCAGAUGAUGAAAUGGAAACAGACGCGUGGAAAGUUUUACCCACAGCUGUCUUAUUUAGUAAAAGUUAACACACCCAGAGCUGUGAUGGCAGAAACCAAAAAGGCUUUCCGUAAACUCCCAAACUUAGAACAAGCUAUAACAGCACUAUCAAAUUUGAAAGGAGUUGGUACUACGAUGGCAUCUGCUCUUUUAUGUGCUGCUGCUCCAGAAACUGCCCCUUUCAUGGCCGAUGAAUGUCUGAUGGCAAUUCCAGAAAUUGAAGGAAUCGAUUACACAACUAAGGAAUAUUUAAACUUUGUAUCGCACAUCCAGGCUACUGUUAACAGACUGAACGGAGAUGAAAAGAAAGAGGAGGGUGCUGAAAAUGGGGAAGAAAAGAAGGAAAAAUACUGGUCACCACACAGGGUUGAGUUAGCCUUAUGGACGCACUACAUAGUAUCAGAUUUAAGACCCGAGUUACUAGAUGAUGUCCCCGGCUUCCCGCCUAUGUCCAAAGACAAACCCUUAUCACACAAUGGUAUUAAUGGAAAUGAAAUUGAGCCGUCCGAUGAAAGUAAUCAGGAACCUGUGAACGGUAAGCACAAUGGUAAAGUGUCAGCAGAUGUUAUGGAUGAUUCAACUACCUCAUACACUGAAGACUCCCUGGACAAGCCACCCACACCAAUCGUAACGGGAGAUGAAACGAGUGAUAGUGCAAAUAGCUUAGAACCACCUUCGUCACUCAAACGCUGCAGCAGCAAUAGAAUAGAAGCUGCAGCAGCAGCGAUAGAAGCUCUAGAAGUCUGCGUCUACUUUGUCGAGAAAGUCGAAAGCAACUUUAAGGCUAAACUUGGCAAAGUUCAACGCAAGUGGGCGUUUUGUAAAGGAAAUACUAAUUAUCGAAAUGAAUAA